AUGUCCGGCCUCGAAGUCAUCGGGAUCGCGGCUAGUAUCGUCCAGAUCGCCGAGAUCGGGACUCAGCUAGCAGUCAAGCUAUGCGCCUUCUACCACAAGAUUAAGACCGCCGACCAGCGGAUCCAGAACCUAUCCAACAAUGUCGCCUUGACCAGUUCCGUGCUCAAGUUACUGGGUGACAAUCUGCAGCAGGAUGAGCAGGCCAAGCUGUACUCCAAACAAGCAUUCGGCACAACGCAGGGUGUCCUAGACGAAUGCAAGAAUGUCUUUGAGCAGAUCCGCGAUGCCCUCGAUCAGAGCCCAUCUAAAGGCCUGUUUCAGCGGGCGGCGAAGAAGUUGAGCUUUGUCGCGAUGGAAGAAGAACUUGAGCUUCUGGGACGGAACCUGGAGCGACUCAAGUCCACGCUCCACUUGAUGCUCAACGUCAUUAUGUACGCGGGGCAAUUGCGGAGUCGCACAGAGCCAACCGCCCUCAAGGACCAGCGCGAGCUGAUCAAAUCGCUACUCGAUCACAAGAGACUGACCGAGCGACGCUUCGAAGAGAUGACCAAGGCUCUCGAAGGAGCGAAACUCAAUAAUGACCAGCCAAAAGGCGGCCUCCAGCCGGAACAUCUCAUGUGCGCUGCUACGCUGCCGACCCCGACUGAGAAUCCUCUCGCGGAUUUGGGCAAAUACUACCUCCUGGUCAAGAAACUGCUGGAGGAUGUGGACAGCUACCGCGCUGGUCUAGAACAGUCUCAGCAUCGUAGGGUCCGGAACGGAGUCUUGCGCAUCCACAAUGAGGAAAUCCAGCAGAUUGAAGUCUCCCAUGGGCCGCAAAUGGCUCAGAUGUUUAGGAAUAGAAUCUAUGAGCUUUCCGAUCGGUGA